AUGGUGCUGAAAGUACUUUCGCUGACUGUUCUUCUGAUUAGCAGCAGACUGUGUGCUGGUGCAUACCCGUUUAUGGUCACACCCAAACCCACCACUGUGCUGGCGGGGAAGACUGCGAUCAUUGAGUGUACGGUGGCCAUUUCCGGCAACGAAAGUCCAAGUUUUAGUGUGUUUUGGCAAAUAUUCCCGGGAGGUGAGCAGAUCACGCUGGCGACGAACAGGAACACCACUGAUAAGUACAGUAUACUCGGUGGAGCCGCGGGUGGACAAUACGACCUAAAAGUGGAGAACACCGACGCUAGUGACGACAAAUCUUACCAGUGCGCCGUGUACGACAUGGGGACAACGACACGAUCAGACCCCGUGAGACUGGAAGUCGUUCGACCCGAGGAGACGACGUUUCCGCAAUGUUUUCUGUCGCCGAGAAAUUCAAUCGACGAGGGUAAAACAGAGACGGCCUACUGUGUGUCAGGCAACCCUAAUAACACACUGUCAUGGAAUUACAGGGGGCGUCCAGUUAUCGGCACGCUGUACCGAACGGAGGAAUACUCAUCUGUUGAGUACGAUAUCCAUGCGAAGUACGAAGAUCACGGUGUGGAAUACAUAUGUUAUGCAUCUGUUAAUAACGAAUCGUGUUCGAUAGUACUCGACGUUCGUUAUGCACCCCGUGUGACCAUCGAUCCCGUGGAACCACAAUACCCGCAACAAGACACUGCACGUUUCACCUGCAUAGCCGAUGGCAAUCCGACGAUGUUCGCAUACCGGUGGCUAUUUGGCGCCACCGAGAUCGACCAAACAUACUCACACCACAGAUUUAAUCAUUUUGCUUUCGAAGAUAAAGGUAGAGUUUUGGUUAUCCCCAGUGUAGUAAUGGAGGACAGUAGAGUUCGUAUUACGUGCGAAGUCACCAAUGAGUUGGGUACUCAGAGUGCAUAUACACUCAUGUAUGUACGGGGUACGACCCUAACUAUGGAAACACUUGGGCCUAUAAUAGUUGGGUGUAUAUGCGGGGCAUUGGUCAUCAUACUGCUCAUUUGGACUGUGUGGUACUGCUUAUGCGACUGCAGACGUGACCAUGACCACCGGCGACGCCCACCGCCAGGUAACGCCACCAAUUUACCAAAUUUACGGUCUACAGGAUACGGACCUGAGAGCUCCGAUUACCUUCGCCACGGACGUUCCAAUGCCACGUUCGACAACAGCACCGAAGUGGAUUCAAAUACCACGUUGGAAAUGAACGAAAGGCGGCCGAACUCGUUGCCAAACAACAACGCAUACUCGACCCCUCCCGGUAAUCGCCGGCUAGAUACCGAAAUACGGAAAACGUACAAGAAUCUUGAUAUCGGCGACGACGACGUCGGACUACACAGCGGCAGUUACGAUGUCAACCCUGAUCCCGAACCCAACGGUACACCAAAGGAAAUUGAUUGACGAGGUGUCAUUUUGUAAUUUUUUGUAUUAUUUUGGUCAAGAAUCGGAUUCAUAUUGGGAUGGGUAAUGCGCAAGUGUUUUCUUUUUAUUCGAAUACUUAAGUAAUAUGAUAUCCGCGCUGUAUUUAUAUACCCCCUCAGUAUGGUAUCAGUGGUUGAGCUCACGUAUCGAUCAUUGUUAAUUUUUUUCAGGGUGUAAAACCCAAUACUGCGUGGAAUUUCAACCAUUAACAACUCACAACUACUUCAUACACUCCCAAAAUAUCCAAGUCAACCAACGCCACUGUUUGCACGCAGUGAACCGUAAAUGCCCUCAAAAGCACGGCCCGGGGAGAUCAAGCAAAACAAAAAAUGCAACGUAUUAUUGACGCCUUUGCUCUCAGUGAAUCAGUCUUUUAAAAGUUCGAACAUAAUGUUAAAAAACGUCGUUGGAACAAAGGGUAAAGAUAGUAACUCAGCUCAAAGCAAUGUAUUAGAAUGGGCGAGGUCGAUGUGAGACAUCGCCAUUCACCCGUACAUGUAUAAAACCACAAACCACAGUUGGAUAUAGGUAAACACACAACGUAAUACAAGUAUCCAUGAUGUACAUGUAUCACACUGCAAUUUAAUUUCUAGUGUAGUCACGUGAAAAGCAAAUAGAAUCAAUAGUAUGAGAUAUCUGCCCGGGUUUAUAAAAUCCAAUAGUAAACGAGUUGGAAGUAACAAAACGAAACCGACGAAACCACACUAGUAAUUAUGGAUGACCGAGCUGAGUCUCUCCCUAUUCCAAACACACAUGACUUAGUUAUCCUCGCAUCAUAUUUAAUAAACCAGUUCGAAAUAUACAUUCCCAUGCAAAUAAGUUGAGUUCAAAAUAGAGGACAUUGCACCUUGUGACCUUUAACCUUGAUACAAAUUAUAAUUGUGGUGUGGAACCUAUACAUGUAUGUGACUGUUUGGUAAUGAUAUGCAAAGGUCAGCCUGCGUUGUUUUUUGCCCAUAAAAAUAACAAAAUAAAAAAACGUUAGUGUAAGGCGAAGUUUGAAAGAAUACAAAACAUUUUUAUAAAAAAAAUGGAUUUUGCGAGCGAUUUCAAUAAAUACGAAUAUAACAAAACAUAUCUAUAAAGUAUAAAAUUAAUAAUACUAAUUAAAAACGACAAUACAGUAUAUAUUGAUUAAAUAAAAUAUUAUAUAAUAUUA